UCUUCUUCUUCUUCCUCUCUCUAGUUCGCCCCGGAAAAGGCCAAAACUCUUCUUUCAGACGGCGUCGCCCACCACAAUCCGUUGCCAUCGCUCUCUCUCUCUCUCUCUCUCUAUAUAUAUAUAUAUAUAUACGUGUGUGUAUGUGUGUAGGGGGGUGGUGGAAGCGUACACGAAAAACACGUUCUCUUUUCAUCACUUCGUCCUCCUUUCCAUUUCGAUCACCAUUUCCUUUCCGGCUUUCCCAUAGUUCAACAACCCGCCACCAUAUAUACGCAAGCACACCAACGCAGAAUCCAUAAGCUACCAUGUCGGCGUGUUUCCGCCGGGUAGCCAUCGGCAUCACGGCGCCGCCAACGGCGAGUCAUCAACGGGACUACCUCCAGCGAGCAAUCUGGCUGCUCCCCGACCGACGGCGCUGGAUCGUCCUCCGAUCAGCGCCGGAGGAUCGAAGGCGGCGGUGUCUGAUCGAUGUGAAAGGGGGAGCCGGAGAGGAGCCGCUGCGAUCGGGCCGCGGCAGGGGGAAGGAGAAGACAGGGCGGCGCGCGUACGCGGUGGGGAGUUUGGUGGAGAAGGGGGAGGGCGGAGAUGAGAGGGAUCGGACGGUGGAGGUGUUGGUAGCAGCGGGGGUUACGGUGGUGCUGGGAGUAGGGAAUCGGGUGCUCUACAAACUGGCAUUGGUUCCCCUCAAGCACCAUCCCUUCUUCCUGGCUCAGCUCGCCACUUUUGGAUAUGUUAUUGUAUACUUCUCAAUCUUGUAUCUCCGGUAUCAUGCUGGCAUUGUUACUGAUAAAAUGCUUUCCUUGCCAAAAGCUCCAUAUAUUUUCGUUGGUCUGUUGGAGGCUCUGGGUGCUGCUUCUGGAAUGGCAGCUGGAGCAUUUCUUUCUGGGGCAGCAAUUCCCAUUUUAUCCCAGAGCUUUUUGGUUUGGCAACUUCUCCUGUCAUAUAUAUUUCUUGGAAGGAGGUGUAGAUUUAAUCAGAUACUUGGGUGCUUUCUGGUGGCUAUUGGUAUAAUUAUAACAGUAGCAAGUGGAUCUAGUGCUGGUUCGUUGAUGGAAGCUGGAAUUUUCUGGAGCCUACUAAUGAUAAUUUCCUUGUUUCAAGCUGCUGAUACAGUAUUGAAGGAAAUAAUUUUCUUAAAUGCUACUCAACAAUUGAAGGGACGUUCACUGGAUCUAUUUGUUGUAAAUUCUUAUGGAUCUGCUUUCCAGGCACUUUUUAUAGGCCUCCUCCUACCUUUUCUAUCCAAGUUGUGGGGUAUCCCAUUUCAUCAACUGCCAAGCUAUCUUAAAGAUGGUGCAGCUUGCUUUUUGAACAGCGGCACUGUCUCAAGUGGAUGUGAUGGUGCACCACUGCUGCCUUUACUCUUUGUUAUAGUCAACAUGGGUUUCAACAUAUCUUUGCUGCAUCUGCUAAAAAUAUCCUCUGCUGUGGUAUCUUGUCUUGCAUCCACAAUUUCAGUGCCAAUAUCAGUGUUUCUCUUCACGCUCCCAUUACCAUACAUUGGCGUUGCAUCGUCCCUGCCACCGGGAUUUGUGGCUGCUGCUAUCAUCCUAAUGUCUGGCAUGCUGAUUUACACUUGGUCUCCAUCAUCAGCUCCCCGCAACCAUAGCGCCAUCACUGGUCCGACUGAACCAUGAUAUCAUGAUCAUGAU